AGUAUCAAUAAUCUGUGGUACAUAUUUUGACAUAUAGCUGCAUGAUUUCAAUGAUUCAGUCACAAAUUCAUAAUGUUAUCAAAAAUUUACAAUAUUUCAGUAGAUUGAUUGUGCAACAAAAAUAAAUGUGUUCGAUUAAAAUAUCUUAAAGUUGUUUCACUAUUUUAUAAUUAAAGAUCAUGUCUCGUAACAUAGCUGACGCUGCGAGGAAGUUUCUUUUACUAGGUCAGUGUGUUCCUACUGUUAAACAGAAUGCGACAAAAAUACGCGUGAAGAGGUUAGAGUUGGAUGAAAACUUGUUAAUGUAUUUCAGAAAAGAUGAAUUCUAUUAUUGUAAUGAUCCUGAUAAAAAAUGUAAAGCUGGUGAUAUAGUACUUAUACAGGCUUUGCCUAAGAAACUUACAAAAUUAAUUUCGCAUGAAGUCAAAGAGGUUGUAUAUCCAUUUGGAGAUAUUACCGAUCCUAUUACAAAUAAAAAAGUUGCAAAAGAAAGAUACAGAGAAGAUAUAGAACAAGAAGCUGAAGUAUAUGGCAAAUUAGAAUCAGCUUUUGAUUAUAACAAAGCUCCUCCAAGGGGCUGGCAAGACGGCAAAAAGGACUUUACAUCUAAACCAACAUAUACCAAAUUUCAUGUUUUUGAUGAAAAUGAUCCUUAUGCUAUUUAGUAACAAUUGUAUUAUUUAGUUUUAUGUAAAUAGUAAAUAAAGUAGAAAUAA